AUGUCCGUGGUUACAGGACACAAACGACAUGCAGUCGUAGCUGGCAUGAUUGUUCGGGUGUUGUGUGGCUCUAUGCUCCACCUUUCAUGCUUCUUGUACUCUCUACUUGCUCUCCUCUCGCUCUACUCUUGCCCUUGCAUGCAGGCAUGUCGCAACACGCGUCUCUGGCUGCAAGACACGUACGACGUGCAAUCGGAGAUGGCAGCGCUGAUAGGAUGCUGCAUGUGUGUGGCGUUCUGUGAUACUCUCUAUGCUUGGAUGUGUGCAGGCAUACGGCAACACGCUCCCCUGGCUGAAGGACACGAGGCUGAGACCCUUGGAGCUUUUCUCUCCGACGUGUUCUGGGCUUGCAUUGCCAACGAGGCACACUCCCAAGCAGAGGACUACCUUUCAGAAUUCUUUGACCAUCCAAUCCGACGUCUAACUUACUGCCAGCUCAGCAUGGCUCACUGGAAGCGAUCGGCUCUCUGCCUCCUCCUCGUCCUCGCGCUCUGCACGAGCGGUGCUCUCGCCGCGAAGAAGAGACGGUCCAAAUCGUCGAGCGCCGCCAUUAAGAUGCCGAGCAUCGACAAGCUGCAGUUCGAAAUGGACGAGGCGAACAAGCGAGUGGCGGAGGCCGCUGGCGAAAUGGACGAGGCGGAGAAACUCGUUGACGAAGCCAUGUAUGCGAAGAGAGAGGCGGACCUGGAGUUUCCCGGAAUGGCGACUGAAAACAAGUAUGUCGGGAUCACUCGGAGGCGGCAUUCCGAAUGGAUGGUGAGAAAACACCAUGGAGGCAAAUACAUUUACGUUGGGAGCAGGAGCACCCCGGAGGAGGCGGCCAGGCUUUACGAUAGGGCGGCAUACAAGCUGAAGGGCCGUGAAGCUCAGUUGAACUUUGGCCUCUCGGAUGAGCAAAAGUCAGAGCUCGACGCCAUGUCAGAGCUUCAGUUCAAGGACUCAAUAGAAAGAGAGAAUUUACUGCUCAAGAUGGGUCGUGGGACAUCAAGGUUCAGAGGUGUGAACUGGGACUCGUCGAAACGGAAAUGGGUAGCAAAACUUGGAGGAAAAGGAACACAAAUUUUCCUUGGCCAUUUUUCCACGGAAGUGGCGGCGGCUCGUGCGUAUGAUGAGGCUAUAAUCGAGAGAGAUGGCCCACAUGCAUUGACUAACGCUUCUAUCUUUGGCGAGUUGAGCAGCGUGGCUCCCCAUAGUGGUGGGAGUGGCGGCGCUCAGGUGGCGCAUGUCAGGGGCAGGCGUGCGGCUAGAGUGCCAGGUGGCAGCGAAGGCGCGGGUGUGAGGAGGAAGGCGCGUGGUGGCCGGGACAGUGCAGCAAGACGUUGCAGAGGAGGCAAACAUCACUAUCUUGGGAGCAGGAGCACUCGGGAGGAGGCUGCCAAGCUCUACGAUAGAGCGGCAUACAAGGUGAAGGGGCCUAAAGCUCAGCUCAACUUUGGCCUCUCGGAUGAGCAGAAGGCAGAGCUUGAUGGCAUGUCAUUUCGUGAGCUCAUACAGUCAAUGAAAAGGGAGAAUUUUCUGUACAGAAUGGGUCGCGGAACGUCGCGGUUCAUAGGUGUGAACUGGGACAAGUCACAACGGAAAUGGGUAGCAAAAUUCGGGAAGGAAAGGCAUCACCUUGGCGUUUUUGCCACAGAAGAAGCAGCGGCUCGUGCAUAUGACGCGGCCCUAAUCGAGAGGGAUGGCCCACAUGCAUUGACUAACGCUUCUAUCUUUGGCGAGUUGAGUAGUGUGGUUCCCCACAGUGGUGGGAGUGGCGGCGCUCAGUGCUUGAAGGGGACGACGAGGAGGAAAUGGACGAGGAAGACGAAUACCGAGAGGACGAAGAGGAGGAGGAGGAGGAGGAGGAGGAGGAGGAGGAGGAGGAGGAGGAGGAGGAGGAGGAGGAGGAGGAGGAGGAGGAGGAGGAGGGAGGAGGAGGAGGAGGAGGAGGAGGAGGAGGGGGAGGUGGUGGUGGUGGAGGAGGAGGAGGAGGAUAGGGAGGUGGUGGUGGUGGAGGAGGAGGAGGAGGAAGAUGAUGAGGUGGUGGUGGUGGUGGAGGAGGAGGAGGAAGUGGAGGAAGAGGAGGUGGUGUUGGUGGAGGAAGAAGAAGAAAAGGAGGGAGGAGUAGAGGAGGCAGGAGCGAAUCAGCCCAACACAGCGCGAACCAACAAGGCCAAGGCAGAUAAACGUUGCGGCAAGAAGCGCAGUGGCAAGAAAGCCCCAAUCUCCUCCUUCCUUUUGCCGGCACUUGGCGCCUUCAACGACUGGGGCAAACAGCAGCGGGCAGCAGCGCGCAGAGAGAAGGCAGUGCCAGCAGCAGUGCAGCAUGUCGUGUACGAGGUGGGGCUCAUGAUGGUCCAGGGCCUCAUGACGCCUCUCAGUCUGCUCAAGGAACAGCUGCUGGCUAACCGAGACUUGAGCCGGUGCUUGAGUCAGGGCUUGAGUCAGGGGUUGAACCAGGACUCGAACCUGGGACUCUUGCGACGUCUCAAUAAAACUCAUGAUAACCGGGGCUUGAGCCGGGGCUUGAGUCAGGGCCUGAGACAGGGUUUGAUCCAGGACAUGAGCCGGGGGUUGAGCCGGGCGGACGUUGAGGCCUGCGUUGGGGAAAUUGGGUGGAAGCGGAAGGGCAGAAGGGGUCGUGCUGGUGGGGGAGGUGAACACGGAGGGAUGGGCGUGGGAGGGGGUGGUAGGGCUGUGGAGGCUGGCGGUGGAGUGGGGGGUGGUGAUGUGGAUGCAGCAGGGGAGAAGAGUGCAGGCAAGAGCAAGAGUGCUGGCAAGCACAAGUCGGAAAACAUGGGUAGUGUGGUGCGGGGAGAGAGAGAGGAGCGGUUCGAAGAGGCUCCGGGGCGGGAGGAGGGAGGUGCUGCUUCGCCUCCUGGGCUUUGA